AUUCGGCCAUGUACAUCAAACUAAAAACCAACAACCACCCAACAACUUGGCUUUUGGACAGUGGCGCAUCCGUGUCGCUGGUCAAACUUAGUAUUAUAAAACGUUUGUCACUCCCUGUGUCGCACAAGAACACAGUGUUUCUCACCGACAUCUCGGGAAACAAGUUAGAAAAUCAUGGAGAAGCUCACAUAACUUUCGAUCUAGGGAAUAAGGCAAUUUCGCAUUCGUUUGUCAUUUGCGGCGAAGAAUUAAAGUAUGAAGCCGACGGACUCAUUGGGUUAGAUUUUUUGGACGAGUUCAAACCGCGGAUCGAUUUUGGGAAGAAACGCUUUUGGAUAUGUGGACUUGAGUUGCCGCUACAAGGGGAUAGUUCGGUCCCACACGGUGCUGUUGGUAGCAACCCCAGCAGUCAAGCAGGUAAGCCUGGGAGGCACAUCCGUAUGAAUUUGGAAAACAAUAGACCGGACGAUUCUGAUGACUACCCGGAAAACCGUCACGAAAAUCUUCCAAGUGCUGCCGAACCGAGAGAUUCGGCCGGUUUCAAAGUUCGCGAGGGCUCGAAGAAUAGCUUAAAGCACCCGAACCUGCUCAGCACAAGAGAAGACAUAGAAAUACCAGGAUUUCACGGCUGCGAUUGCAGGAUUCCUGUCAACACCCGGGUUCCUGCAGGAACUGUAAUCUGCGAGCCAGUCCCCCAUCUCAACCCCAAUAUUUGCAUCGCACGCAGCAUAGCGACUGUGCCACAACCAACCACCGAUCAAUCAGUCAGAACAAUAGUCAUCAGAAUCUUGAAUAUAAACCCAACACCUCUGAUCAUCAAACGACACACGCCAAUUUUAACCGUGACCUCUGUGAGGGAGCCGGAUGUUGAGGGGUCGUCUAGCACUGGACAUUGCGGUUCCAGAGACGCCCAUCAGGUCGAUAGGGUAGGCCUGAAGUUUUUCUCCAGCCGCAAGUACGGGCCAAGUUAGAUUCAGUUCUGAGAGAUUGUCCGGAAAUCUUCAGGACAUUUGGGAGACCGAUGAUGGCAAGGAGCCUAGUAAAGCAUCGUAUCUAUACAGGAGAUGCCCAACCGAUCGCGAAGCCGCCGUACCGAGUCCUGUUCGUCCGCAAGCGAGCGAUGCACGAUCGCAUCGAGAGAAUGCUCGAAGACAGCCAAACGCAGCGAUUUGUAAUGCCCAGUAAUUUAGUAGAAGCAAUUUGCAUGUUGUUUUGCAUGAAGUUUAGCUAAUCCAACAGUCCCAUCCAUAGUCCCGAGGUUUAAAUGAAGAAAAGACACAUGGUCUAGAGUACCAAGAGUCAACCACAGUCUCGUGCAGAAAAAGCUAAUCUUAGUAUGUUUCAGAUAAGUAUCGAUAGCUAGGCUACAAGUACCGGAAGUGAGGAGAAAUAUGCUAGGAAUUUCAGUCCCAGGAACACCCGCACGGAAAUUGUGUCAAUUAUGCGACUCGUAGAGUCAAUGCCAAACAGACAGGAAUUACCAGGAGACACACUCGUAGCCAAGGCCCAGUCAGAGAUGAACCAUGGACCAGUAGGAGCCGAAUAUGAUGUCGUACACGAGUGAACUAAUGGAGUCAGGAAGCGCGCUCAGAAGCGAGAAAGAGGACGAUGAGAUCAACCACCGGUUGUCGUGGAAUCGGAAAAGCCACGGUCACAAUGAGAGUCACCAGCGACAAGGAAAAAUUGAUCAGGUCAGCAUAUCAGUAUGAUAACGCCAGAUAUUUCCUUGUGUGUAUUGUUGCAGGUGAUCAACUCAUCAACAGCAGACCUAGCAGGCCGGACUCCACCGUUUCAUCACCAACCAACCCGUCCCAGAUGGAUGUUUCAACGCGGAACACCGAGGUUUUCUCGAGAACGACUUGUAAUUCCUGAUGUUCGAGACUCGAGUAUGAAUGUGUCGAUUAUUAUCAAAGCAAUGGUUGCCGAUAAUGAUCAUUGUAAAUAACGCCGAAAUAGUUGAAUACGAUUUCUUUCCCAACCCCAAACCUAACGCUGAAAAGCAAAACAGCAAGGAAGUACGUAAAAACGGAUAACGGUACUGUAUCGAUUUCUGCUUGGACAUGCGGCAAAUCAGCACU